AUGGAUAACAAUACGGUGGUGCUUUCGGUUGUGGAGGACCUCAUCCACUGGCCGCUUCCUCCGGCGGAUCCCGCAACGUUUGGGGUAGACGUGGUCCACCCCGACCCCGACGCACCAUGGCCAGAGGAGGCGCCACUUACCGCGGGCGGCACAGAGGACCUUGACGAGGAACCACGCGAACGGCAACGGGCACGCUACGAGGCUGUGCUCCGCCUACCAGCGCUUGCCCAGGCGUUAGGGGCACAGUGGGCCAAGCUGGAGGUUGUCUCCUAUUUGCUGCGCUGCAUGGAGGAGGAGGAUGCGGAGCUCAGUUUUGUUGCUGGCAUGGCGCUCAUAGAGUUUGCAACAUCUUCGUUUAGUUUUCAGCCCCAGCAGGUGGGGUCAUCGGCAGCGGUGGUGCCCGCCACACGCACAGCCGAGUUAGUCGUCGACCGUGGUCGGCCACUCUCAACCGAGAGCCUGCUACCCGUGAUGGUUCGCAUGGGGGCCUCCAACGACGCCGGUGUCCGCCGCUUCCUUGUGGAGGUGGUUAUUCCAAUGGUGUUUUUUGGCGUCCCCCUUGAGCGUCACAUUGACCUCUGCGACUGGAAGCGGAAGUACCUCAAAGUGUCCCUCGACAGCGGUGACGGGGUGGAGGUGGGCGAUGAGCCCAAACUUAUCUUCGACGCACACGGCGGUGGCCGUGGUGGCAGUCCCACAGGCCAGAAUAGGCGUGGGGGCAACAGUGGAAGAUAUCAGGGGGGAGGCAACAGGGCAGAGCUGCGGUGCUUCAGCGGGAGUAGCUGGGGCGGAGGCCUCGUCAGUUAUUACGCGGGGCAGCAUGUUAGCAGUGGCGCCACGGAAGUGUGGGACCCGUUUCAAAUCAACCUCUACGCAAACCGUAUGCGCAGUUUGGCCGCCACGUUCCUCCGUGAUGUGGGCACAGACAAUGCAGGGGCGGAGGGGCCCAUGAUGACCUCCAGCGGCAGUGUAAUAGAGGCGCAUGAUUAUACUAAAACCCCAGCUCGGCGUGAGGCAUUUCAGGCUCGAUGGAUUCUUUUUGUGGGUCUCAUGGAAUCUAUGCUAAGGUCCGAGUAUGCCACCACAGUAAGCACCGCGGUGGAUUGCAUCAGCAACAUAUACUCCUGUAUUGCGUGGUUUGAAUGCAUGGAGCGAUGUCAGGGCGACCCUGCACCGCCUCCCUCAAGGCUCCUACGGACUACCGAAGAGCUCGUGACGUCUGUGUUUAAAACGACGCGAACACACGUUGCUCGUGCCACUCGCUGUGGGGCGGAGAGGCCUUGUGAAGAUUUGAUGAUGCUUCUCUCUGAGCACCGCCUGAUUAUCACAAGAAACCCGGCGGCCGCUUCCACCGCCGCAGCGAAUUAUAGCUCCAUCGCAUUGGGAUGUGGGGGACUUGGUGCGGAGGAUAGAGAGGUGUGGGAUUUAUACCUAGGUGGCAGUGCCCCGGUCAUGCAUCGCAUCGUGCGAAUGAGUCUCUUGCGUUCGUUGCCGCAUUUAAUCGACUGGACACGCGGUGCGAGACAAGGCAAAGGCGAAGGACCUUCGGACUGGAUGGAAGGAUUGAGUUUCUUUGCUGUCUGCGAUGUCUUUGCUCAGGCCAUCGCCGUCGUCCCGACCCCUCCGUGCUUCGCCGCAGAACACAGUGGAAACGGGGGUGGUGACAGGGAGUACCACGGCGACCGCGCCUUGAAGACGAGGGGGGAACUUAUAGAGGGGAACGAGAAGACCAAGAAGAAGGGUGCUGGUACCAUGAAUGGUGCACUGCCGCCGCUAGAGAGUGACGCGUGCCACGAUUGCGGCGUCGCCGAGGCGGUCCUGGAUGGUGUACAGCUCUUGCUGGACGAGCUGCUGCGGCCGCACACGAUACAGGACUUCUUGCUGGGGAACAGGGGAUGCACCUUACCUGUGACGCUGGCGGAAAAGGAGGAACGUAUGUUGCGUUUAUGCGGCCUUUACCGCGACUGCAUCGUCGGGUUGGCGACGUUGCCCGCGUGGAAAACACGGUGGUUGACGACGCACCGCCUGCCGCAGCUCACAGCAGCACUUCUAGAAGUGGUACGUCGGGUUGGUGAACAUGAGCCUAAAGACGGCCCUACGCUUGUGGAGAUCUGCACCGAGUUUUUAUUUGAGUUCCAUCUGGGGCAGUGGUCUUCCGCCCCCAAGGGCGACGGAGCUCUGAAGGCACUCGUGCACGAUGAGGAGGAGGAAGUGCGCUGCGUUGUGUCUGUGUCGGCGGCGGGUGUGUUUCGGGCGCUGGGGCAGGGUAUGUUUUGCCUUUUGUUUCCCCGUGGUGUUGUUAUUGAUAUGCGGCAGCAGCGUCGCGCGAACUCGUCGCAGGCACGUGAGGGCAGUGCGGCGAGGGGGUAUCAUGUGGAUUCCACCAAAUUGGAGAUCAUGGGAAGGAAAAGUGCAAGGAAGGAGACCCCUAAGCAUGGGGCUCUGCUUUCCGUUCAUAGUUUGAUGCGGUCACUUCCAACAUUGCUCGACACCGUGCUCUCGUGUUGCGCGCAUGUCAUGCGUGACCCGGAGGAGCGUGUGCGUUCGGGCGCCGCCGCCGGGCUCUCAGUGCUCGCGCGGACCUUGAGCGCCAUGGUGGCAGCCUGUGACCUGCAUGUGGAGGACCUUGGCAAGGGCACCUGGCUACACUAUUUGGACAGCACCACCGUGUCCCUCAUGACGCUACUCACCGAUCGAAGCCCCACGGUGCAGAUUGCGCUCGUAUCGGAGUUGGCGGCCCUGCUUGUGAGCAGCACCGGAGAAACAGGGGGGCUUGCGGCGGCCAUCGGUGGCCACAGAAGCGAUGAAGCGGCGCAAGUGCGGAAGGAGGCUCUUGUUGUCUGCCUAAAGAGCCUUUCACGUCAUGAGGUCUGGCGCUACCGUGAGCGCUACGCCAUGCUUCUAUCGGAGAUGUGUGUGAAGUUUUUGGCGCCCAACUCCCUGGCCGCGGUGGAGGCCGCCUCGCUGUCGCUGGGCAGGGUGCACAGCCUUGAGGACGGCCUGCGUGAGAACAGCGUCGCGGCUGGCCGUCCAAGCGGUGUAGUGGUCGCCGAAGACGGCGUCAGCCCGCUUCACGGCUUUGCGAAGGAGGAGCUGCUGCCGCUGCUGGUGGAUGUCCUUUUUGACAAGGUGAAGGCGGUGCGGGAUCACGCGCUGGAGUCGCUGGAGAAGAUGUGCGCCCAACUCUCCGCUGCGCGCUCGCAGCUGCAGGCGUCCGCGUCGAGCAGCAGCGGCGGUGGAUGGCAAAACUCCCUCCACUACUCACAGCAUCAGCAGCAAGGCGACGAUGACGACGUCUUUGUCAAUGACACCUUGUGGCCACUUAUUGUGAAUUCGCCCAGGGCAAUGGCGACGUAUCUUAGCCGCAGCUCACUGCUUCGCAUCGCGGUGCGUCUCGGCGUCGACAAGAAGUCUAUUCUCCUUCCACUCCUCGAUCAGCUGGGCCACGAUGCGGUGCUAAACGUGCGGCUUGUCGUCGCAAAGGAGUUGUACGGCAUUCUGGCUGCCUCUGCCAGCCCCGCCUCACGUGCCUCCAAGGUCGUCUUUACGGAGCAGGAAAAGAAUGGGGUGGUGCUGCAGCUCCUGCGGCUUCUGGUGGAAGACAAAUCCGCUGACGUCCGCGAUGAGGCCGCCAAGGCCUUGCAAAUCUGCUUUUGA